AUGAACGAAGAAUUUGAAGAGAAUAAAUUAUCGUUUUUGCUUUUCGGUAGCUGUAAUUAUUUACCCGAAUCUUAUACCGUAUUACGUAGCUAUUUAAGGGUUCAUUCUUCAAAUUUAGCUUCGGAAUAUAAUCUUAAACUACCCAAAUGUUUUACCAAUAAAAAUUUUUGCUGUCCUUUUUGUUUUACUUCAUGGAAAGCAAAUGUUUACUCAUUUAAGUUACUACCCUCAACUGGUAAAAAUUUUAAAACAAGUCAUACAUCUGAAAAAGUAACAAAAAAUAAAUUGGCUAUAAAAUGUAAACUAUGUAAAAGGAUAACAUUAUUUUCAUUAAUCAAACCUCAAUGUAGUAGUAAAAAUGAUGAUUUGGCAACAAUUAGUGAAACUAUUAAAAAAAAGAAGAAAAAAAAGAAAAACUGUUUUGCCAAUUUAAAUCCAAGUGCUUGUAAAUCUGCUGCUUUACAAUUAAAGAAUACAACAGGAAAAGAAUCAAGGUGA